CGCUGCGACACAAGCAAGUCUUUAAUGGAUUUAGCAUGUCACGUUCUAUUCUACGGCCGUAUAGAACAGCUGGCAUCGGAGCUGCUUUCGCACUAAAGCCUAUAAAGGCUCAGCUCGCGCCGCUAUUGCGCUCGGAUAUAACGGCCUCGGGUAAAGGCUUGAAAAUGUGGCGCUAUUCGUUAUCCCUGGUCGCUUCCUUCCAUCCAGUUCGUCGCUACGAUCUGUCCACUUGUGGCAUCUCGCCAGAGGCGCCUUUCAUCCUUCUUGUAAUUCACCCUCGCCCAGUAAACCGGGUGUCAUAUCAACACUAGGCGACCGUCAGCAGUUCUCGCUCACCCAAAAUCCUGGCGCACUCAUUUUCCAUAUUCUAUUUACCCCUGUCGGCGGAGUUCAGACCGGUGGGGAGAUCUUGGGGCCAGCCUGGCCAGGAGGAGGCUUGCAUCCAUCGCAACCCUUUCCCGUUUAGUUCUGGUAGGCGAGCGUCGGCAGGGCCUUGGGCAUGCG